CAGUGCUCGGGCAGACGCGGAGCCGUUCGCGCGGUUUUCCGUAAGGCCGCUGCAACGUUCAAUAUUUAUAUAUGCAUGUAUAUAUAGGAUAGAGUCUCGGUUCACCGGGUAUACUUAGUGCGUCGUGCUGCGACACGAUGAUCUCGCGGACGACGACGCGAAGAAGAAGCUAGAGAUAUGGACUCGACGAAAAAGUACGAAAAUCCGAGCCCCAGGCUCUCGGCCAACGUCCUCAGCAAGAUCCUUUUUUGCUGGCUCAACCCGCUGUUCUGGUAUGGAAGGAAGCACGACCUUGAGACUAAGGAUCUGCACAAUGCUCUGCCCGACGACCUCAGUGAACCACUGGGGAACAAGUUGGAAAAAUUCUGGAAGAGAGAGGUGGAAAAUUCUCAGAAGGGCAAAAAUAAGCCUAGUUUGCUGAGAGCCAUUCGAAAAACUUUUGGCUGGACCUACUUUCAAUAUGCAGCGCACAUUUUAUUUUUAACUAUAGUUGUAAGAGUGGUGCAACCAUUGACCCUUGGUGUUCUGAUUUACCAUUUUGACCCUUGUUCGACAACGACGACGGCCGAUGCUUACCUUCUUGCCUCCGGUGUUAUCGUGAUGGCCCUGUUGCAGGCGAUUUUGGGACAUCACUCCAAUUUCGGUCAGUUGGAAAUCGGUAUGCGUCUCAGGGUCGCAUGUUCAUCUUUAAUUUAUAGAAAAAUCACGCGUUUAUCCUGUUCAGCUGCUGGCCAAGCCACGGGAGGUUUAAUUAUUAAUUUAUUGUCGAACGACGUGGCCAGAUUUGAGCAACUCUUUGUAUUCCUUCAUUACAUAUGGGUAAUGCCUCUACAAGGAGCUGUGAUAGCCUACUUAAUUUGGAGGCAUGUUGGCGUUGCUUCGCUAGCUGGAGUGUUUUUAAUGACGAUACAGACGAUUCCUGUACAAGCCUAUUGCGGAAAGAUAACGUCGAUAUUACGCUCGAAAGUGGCUACCAGAACGGACGAAAGAGUUUUGCUGAUGAGUGAAAUCAUCAAUGGAAUCAAAGUUAUAAAAAUGUAUACUUGGGAGAAACCUUUCGAGUUACUUGUGUCAUUCACAAGAAAGCACGAAGUUGACGUUCUAACGACAACUUCUUACUUAAGAGGCAUAAAUUUGGCUUCAUUUGUGUUCACCGAACGCACGACUUUAUUUUUUACAAUCGUAGCUUAUGUACUUCAAGGAUAUUCGGUAUCAGCUGAUAAAGUUUUUACAAUGGCGCAGUACUAUAACAUUUUACAACUGACCAUGGCUAUUAUGUACCCUCGAGCGGUAGGCUGCGCUGCUGAGGCUAAUAUUUCUAUAAGAAGAAUAGAGAAAUUUUUACUUUUGGAUGAAGUGGAGCCGAACACGAAACCACUGGUGCCUAGUAACGACAAUACAAGUAUUUCGAUAAAAAGCGUAAACGCUUCGUGGACAGAAAAAUCUAUCGCCAAUACUUUGCAUGACAUUAACGUAACCAUACCUCAGAAUAAAUUGUAUGCUGUUGUGGGUCCGGUUGGUGCUGGAAAGAGUUCUUUUUUGAAAUUAAUUUUAGGCGAGCUGCGCGCAUUAAGUGGCCAGGUGCUGGUUUACGGGACCGUUUCUUACGCGAGCCAGGAGCCCUGGCUUUUCGCCGGUUCGGUGAGGCAAAAUAUUUUGUUUGGUGAACCCUACAUCGAAGAAAAGUACAAGAAAGUAACGAAGGCUUGCGCGCUUCUGACUGAUUUCGAACAAUUGCCUCAUGGAGAUAAGACCCUCGUGGGCGAGAGAGGUACGAGUCUCAGCGGUGGACAAUGUGCCAGGGUUAAUUUGGCUAGGGCUGUUUAUCGAGAUGCUGAUAUUUACCUGUUCGAUGAUCCUCUGUCAGCUGUGGAUACUCACGUUGGUCAAAGUUUGUUUAAAGAUUGCAUUGACGGUUAUUUGAAAGAAAAAACUAGGAUUUUAGUGACGCACCAAGUGCAGUAUUUGAAAGAGGUUGACACCAUUGUUCUACUUACCAAUGGCCGAGUCGAGUUUCAAGGCGACUUUUCAAGAUUUAGUAGCGAUGAGAAGUACUUACGCCACCUACCCUCUGAUGCUGAGGAGUCGGCGAAGACACCCACUGAAGAGCCUGAACCGACUGGUAGUAUAGUCACUCAAGUUUCGGUCAUUUCUAAUAACGCCGAAGACGAGGAUGACGAACCCGAGGAAACGGAGGAACUAGUUGCCAAGGGAAAUAUUGCUAAAUCUCUGUACUGGAAGUACCUGAGAGCUGGAGGGUCAUAUUUCAUGCUGUUCUUAUUGGUCAUAUGCUUCAUUCUGGCGCAGUUUUCGAGCAGUGGUUGUGACUACUGGAUCGGAUAUUGGACUCGGCAAGAAGAACAACGACUACGAACUUUUAUUAAAGCUACCAACUCGUCGGACUGUUUAUCGGUACAACAAGUGGAAAGCAUGUCUAAUUCCACCCACUACGAAGAGUACAAAUCUUCGACUUAUUUGGACCCGAUAACAGCUCUGUACGUUUACAGUAUAUUGAUAAUUGGCAGUAUCGUUAUGUCUACGGCGAAAAAUAUAGUUUUCUAUAAGAUCUGUAUGAAUGCAAGCAAGAAUCUCCAUAACACCAUGUUCGCAUGUUUACUUAGAGCGCCUAUGCGUUUCUUCGAUGUGAAUCCUUCAGGAAGGAUUUUAAAUCGCUUUUCUAAAGAUACCGGUGCGGUGGAUGAAACGUUACCAAUGGCAAUGUUAGAAGCGCUACAAAUAUUUUCCGUGAUGAUUGGAAUAAUGUUACAAGUACUUAUAAUAAACUGGUGGACGGUGUUUCCCAUGCUGGUCAUGGGUUUUUUCUUCCUACAAAUUAGGAAUAUAUAUUUAGCUACUGCUCAAGAUAUCAAAAGGCUUGAAGGCAAUGCAAAAAGUCCAGUGUUUUCACACGCCAACUCGUCGCUCUCUGGCCUGUUAACAAUCCGCUCAAGCGGCGCCCAGAAGAUGGUCAGUCGUGAGUUUGAUUCACACCAAGACGCUCACACGGCCGCUUACUUCCUGAUCCUUGCCACCUCAACGGCUUUCGGUUUCUGGUUAGACAUUGUGUCGAUAGCUUUCGUAGCCUUCGUCACAUAUAGCUUUAUAGUCGUCGACAGCAACGAGUUCUUUGCCGCGGACGAUGGUUCCAAACCGUUCGCCGGCAACGUUGGUCUCGCUAUCUCGCAAUCGCUGAUUCUUUGCGGAAUGCUGCAGUAUGGAAUGAGACAAACCGCUGAGAUGGUCGCUCAGAUGACCAGUGUUGAGAGGAUAUUCCAGUUUACGCAGCUUGAGCAAGAGGGACCUUUUGAGAGCGAAGUAGGAAACAAGCCUAAGAAAGAGUGGCCAGACAAGGGAAAGGUCGAAUUUAAGGGAGUGUAUAUGAGAUACGCCGAUGACGAGGACCCGGUACUGAAGAAUCUUAGCUUUGUCGUUGAACCGGCAAUGAAGGUGGGAAUAGUUGGUCGUACAGGUGCUGGAAAGUCAUCUUUAAUAUCUGCUCUAUUCCGUUUGGCCAAGAUCGAUGGUUCCUUACUAAUAGACGGCAUAGAUACAAAGAAGAUCGGUCUUCUAGACCUUCGCAAUAAAAUCUCCAUAAUUCCACAAGAACCCAUGCUAUUCUCAGCACCUUUACGAGACAACCUUGAUCCAUUCCACGAGUUUGACGACGCUGAUCUCUGGUCUGCUUUACAAGAGGUCGAGCUUAACAAGACCUUUAUUUCACUGGAUCAUCCGGUUACUCGUAGCGGCGGUAAUCUCAGUGCGGGCCAGCGACAGUUGCUCUGCUUGGCUCGUGCCAUAGUCAAGAGGAACAAGAUUUUAGUACUGGACGAAGCCACUGCCAAUGUCGAUCCAGCUACUGACGCUCUUAUCCAAAAAACUAUUAGGAUGAAAUUCAAGGAUUGUACGGUGCUAACGAUUGCUCACAGAUUAAAUACUAUUAUGGACAGUGACAAGGUGCUCGUCAUGGAUAGCGGACAGGCCGUGGAAUUUGAUCAUCCACAUAACUUGCUGCAACAGAACGACGGCUAUUUCUCUAAGAUGGUGCAGCAAACCGGCAACUCCAUGGUUCAGCAUCUCAAAGCUAUAGCUGAACAGGCUUUCAAAAAAGACUUAACGGACAACUCGAUAGUUUCAGUUCCUGAGGAUCAAACAAAGAAAGAUGCUGUAGAUUAAGAUUUGCGAUCAGAUAAAUACUUAAUUUUUUUUAAGAUGAAGUUUAUAAGUUUUAUAUUUAAAUACUCGCCUUUAAAAAACUCCUACUGUGAGUAUUUUUCGAAUGAAGUCGCGUGAUUCCAAACGACUCGCGAGUGCUUAUAAAACUUAAAUCAUAAAAGCAGCGCAAAGUAUCUACUGAAAGUACGUUUUAUGUACCUUUACAUUUAUUAGUAUAUUUUUUUAACGUGAAUAUUUAAAAUUUAAGACCUUAAGCUUCGAUCGUAAUCACAUCAGGUAUUACAUAUUUUUACAAUCCACCAUUUCAAUAUGUAAUUGAUGCUUUAGACGUCCGACCCACUACGUAAAUGAGUUGUACAUUGUUUCGUGUGUGUGUGUAUGUGUCUAUAUGUGUGCCUUACUUGGACCACUUCAAAUUCAGAGCUAUUUACAGACGAUUUCACAGUAUGACAUGUGUAUUUUGUUUAUAAAAAUAUUUUCAAUAUACGCAUUUCUGUGAUGAGA